AUGGGAAACACAAUCUCAUACAACGAAACACCAUUCGAAUUAAGCCUAGGCGAAAAGGGAACAAUUCGCGGGCUUCAAUUUGACAACAAGUCAUGUCGCUAUGCUGGAGUUCCUUAUGCCCUCCCGCCAACGGGCGAGCACCGAUGGCGAAAACCUCGACCUCUGCCAGCUUCCUACACCUACGGUGGUGCUAAUGGAGACCCAUAUGAUGCGACCCGCUUCAGGGCAGUGUGUCCGCAAAAAGCAUUCCACGUUGGAAAUGCCGAGGGUGGUUCUGGUGCCUACAGCGAGGACUGUCUUUUCGUCAAUAUCUGGACGCCUGUCAGGCAGGAUUAUGAUAACGGAAAGAAGUGGCCGGUGAUGCUUUGGCUACAUGGAGGCUGGUUUCAAAUGGGUGAUCCGUCACAAGAACCUGGAAUGGACCCAACAGAGAUGAUAUCUACUGGUGGACUGAAUGCGAUCGUUGUGGCGAUUGGUUACCGGUUGAACGUUUUUGGCUUUCUUGCUGGGCAGACGCUCUUAAGUGAAAGCGGUGGUGAUUCGGGUGGAAAUUUCGGGCUCUGGGAUCAGCGCAUGGCUGCAGAAUGGGUCAAGGACAAUAUUUCGUUCUUCGGAGGUGACCCGAAUAACAUCACACUCGCAGGUCGCAGCGCUGGUGCGUACAGUGUUGAGGCUCAAAUGCUCUAUGAGUUUCGCAAGCCUGCACCUGGAAACUCCCUGUUCCGGCGCAUCUUCAUGGACUCGAAUGCGAUACCAGCCCAACCCAAGUCUUUGACCGACGGCCAAGAGCAGUUUGACGAGCUCUGCGCCCAUUUCAAUAUUGAUGCAACCUCUUCGGUCGAUGGGAAGCUUGCCAGCCUGCGGCAAAUCAGUGCGCUCGAUCUCGUGAAAGCCAUUCCUCAUCUAAAGCAACAUACUUUCCGCCCUGUCACUGAUGAAAUAUUUAUUCAAUCUGGAAUGGUUGAAUACCUCCAAGGCCAGGAGUUUGCUAAUGAGUUCAAGGCCAGGGGCUACCGGAUUCUGAUCGGUGAAGUGCUCAAUGAGGAGACAUUGUAUUCUGCAUACAAUGGUCCGACAGAGCCUACAAUAGAAGCCCUCCAACUCCAAGUAUCAAACUAUUAUGCACCGGAAGUUACAGAUCGAAUACUCCAGUGCUACGAAUUGCUGAAGUCAGAUAACCUGGAAGAGUGGAAGACGCUGUUUGGUCAAAUAAUCUCGGAUGGCCAGGUGCGCGCACCAUCCAGAGCCCUCGUGAAGCACCUUGUAACGAACGGGGUGGACAUUCGAAACACAUGGCGCUAUCAAAUUGCCUAUCGUCUGUCGUUCAUCGACGAAACAGUAGCACCCAUGUCAUUUGGCGUUGCGCACGCAAUGGACAAGCCAUUUUGGAACUUCUCAAUUUGUCACGGGCCUACGCCCGACGAGAGGCGCCUGAUGCAAGACUGGAUCCAGAUCCUGAUUGCCUUCGUGAAUGACGAUGAGGACUACGAAUUCGGCACAAAGGCGGUCGAUGAAAUGAGACUGGCCACUCCACAAGCGACAAUUGAAGUUCAGCAAGACAAGCGAUGGCAUGAGCUUGUGAGGAUUGGGGAGGUCUUCGCUGGUAGAAGUUUGUAA